UCGAUGGCGCAACGUGUUGAAAGGCUACAGCGUCAUCAGGAGGACGUGAGGUGUAUAAAUACAGACAUCUUCUUUGACUGCACAAUCAACUGCAACGGACAAUACAGCAGCAUCAAAAGCAAAGAAAUGCCUUCAACCAACGAAGAGGUUAUUCUCAGUGUGGGUCAAAGCCCAGAGGCAGAUCCUGGACAUCCAGUGAAAUGUUCUCCGGUUGUCAUAGGUGAUGUUCUCCUGAGCAGCCCCGCUCAGAACGGACUCGCAGCGGAGAACUUCAUUCACCAAUCCAUGGCCAUCAUUAUGGAAGAUGCAGUGAAAAAGGCCACUGAUGUCAGAGAAAAGGUCUGUGAGUGGCGUUCCCCCGAGGAGCUGAAGGAGUUGUUGGACCUUGAGCUGAGAGACGAAGGAGAGUCUGAGUCCAAGACCCUGCAGCACUGCAGAGAUGCCAUCAGAUACAGCGUCAAGACCACCCAUCCUCGUUUCUUCAACCAGUUGUAUGCAGGGAUGGAGCCCUAUUCUUUGGUGGCAAGCUUUAUUGUGGAGGCCCUCAAACCCAGUCUGUACACAUAUGAAGUGGCUCCGGUCUUUACACUGAUGGAGGAUGCUGUGCUGAGGAAGAUGAUGGAGAUGAUUGGCUGGGAGGAAGGAGGAGAUGGAAUCUUCAAUGCAGGUGGCUCAAUGUCCAACAUGUACGCUGUUAACUUAGCCAGGUACCAUCACUUCCCUGACAUUAAGGAGGCCGGCCUCUCUGCUGCUCCACGACUGGUCAUGUUCACAUCACAGGAGUGUCAUUACUCCAUUUCCAAAGCAGCAGCUUUAAUGGGCAUCGGCACUAAGAACGUUUACAUGGUUCCAUCUGAUAACAGAGGGAAGAUGAUUCCUUCGGCUUUGGAGUUGCUGAUUAAGACAGCUAAAAGUGAGGGUGCAGUGCCCUUCAUGGUGAACGCCACAGCAGGGACCACAGUGCUCGGAGCCUUUGAUCCCAUCCAGGAGAUUGCAGACAUCUGUGAGAAGUACAACCUGUGGCUGCAUGUGGACGCCUGCUGGGGAGGAGGAGCUCUGAUGUCUAAGAAGCAUAAACACUUGUUAAAGGGCAUCCACAGAGCCAACUCUGUGGCCUGGAACCCUCACAAGAUGCUGAUGGCAUGUCUGCAGUGCUCUGCUUUCCUGGUCAGAGACAAAACGAAUCUCCUCCAGCGCUGCCACUCUUCUUCCGCCUCCUACCUCUUCCAGCAGGAUAAGUUCUAUGACGUCAGCUACGACACAGGGGACAAGUCCGUCCAGUGCAGCAGGAAGCCAGACGCCUUCAAGUUCUGGCUGAUGUGGAAGGCUCUGGGAACCGUAGAGCUGGAGGAGAGGGUAGACAGAGCCCUCGCCACGGUCAGAUAUCUUGCAGAAGAGAUCAAGAGAAGAGAAGGGUUCCGUUUGGUGAUGGAGCCUGAAUAUGCAAAUGUUUGCUUCUGGUACAGUCCACCAAGUCUGAGGAACCUUCCAGAUGGCCCUGAGCUAUGGAAAAAACUCCACACUGUCGCCCCAGUGGUGAAAGAACGCAUGAUGAAGAAGGGAAGCAUGAUGGUGGGCUACCAGCCGCACAGAGACAAGGCCAACUUCUUCAGGAUGAUCGUCAUCAGCCCACAGGCCAGCAGGCUCGACAUGGACUUUGUAUUAGACGAGAUACACAAUCUGGGAAAAGACCUGUGAUGAAAUGUCAGUGUCAGUGAACCCACCUUAUUCUUCUGUCAUUGACGGACUCCUGGACAAUCAGGGAAUUCUGACCACCAACAUCAAACACGUUUUCCUAUUCUGGUUGAUUAGCUGAUUUUUGGGACAACUGACCUCAAGGCUGUGCUGAAUUCUGCUGAUCCUCAUACUGAUUCACACCAUAUCCUUAGAGUUUCCUAUCUUGCUAUUCUCAAAGUAGAAAUACAAAUCAAUCGAAAUGUCCAAAUCUACUUUAAAAACAUGAUAAUACAAUCUUCUGUCAUACAAUAAAAUGUUUACAUAAUGUGUAUCUGUUGUAAAGGAGAUGCUAUCAUUUAAAAUGCUUUUUAGUUAUUGUAUCGGGAGAAAUACAUUUAUAUUACUUUAUAUGUAUGUAAAUGUAACAUAGAUAGAAACAUAGUUUGAGUUUGUGGGACUGGUUUGGGAUUUCUUUCAGGUUUUUUUCUUACCAUGUUGCAGUCAUGAAUCACAUGUCAAGCAUGCAGUGAUUAAACAUGCUACUGUGUGUUACUGUGUGUUGUGUGCUUAUUUUUUAUUAAACAUUUUUAUAAGAAUCUCAAAUAAAACUAA